CGUUCCAGAGUGUUUUUCUUUAGAGGGAGAAAGUUGUACAGUGUGUGUCUGCGUUGGAGUAGAGAGAGGAAAAAAAAAAAGCUUCAGAAUCCAGAUAGAUAGGUGAGAUUAUUGUGCUAUUUGCAUAAAUAAAAAAAAAGAAUAAAUACAGUGAAUUGGAUUUAACACAUUAUUAUUAUUAUUAUUAUUAUUAUUAUUAUUAUUAUUAUUCUCUUCUCUCACUCACGGUCCUCACUCUGAGAGAGAGGAGAAAGAAGAGAGAGAUGGAGGAUCUCGUGGAAGAAGAGAAGGGAGGAGAGGAGGUGUUAGGUUCGAGCUUGACGAUGGAGAAGGUAGCUGCAGCUAAGAAGUUCAUAGAGAAUCACUAUAGGGCUCAGAUGAAGAACAUCCAAGAGAGGAAGGAGAGGCGUUGGGUUUUAGAAAGACAAUUAGCUUCUUCAGAUGUGCCAAAUGAGGAACGUGUUAACUUAAUCAAAGAUUUAGAGAGGAAGGAGACUGAAUAUAUGCGAUUGAAAAGGCACAAGAUUUGUGUUGACGAUUUUGAGCAUUUGACCAUCAUUGGAAGGGGGGCCUUUGGAGAGGUUAGACUGUGUCGGGAGAAGAAAUCUGGAAACAUUUAUGCCAUGAAAAAGCUGAAGAAAUCUGAAAUGCUGAAGAGAGGCCAGGUGGAACAUGUUAGAGCUGAGAGGAACUUACUAGCUGAAGUUGCUAGUCAUUGCAUUGUGAAACUUUACUACUCAUUUCAGGAUGCUGAUUACUUGUAUUUAAUUAUGGAGUACCUUCCCGGGGGUGAUGUGAUGACACUAUUGAUGAGGGAAGACACGUUAAGUGAAGAUGUUGCCAGAUUUUACAUUGCACAGAGUGUUCUAGCCAUAGAGUCUAUUCAUAAACACAAUUACAUUCAUAGGGAUAUUAAACCAGAUAACCUUCUCCUGGAUAAAAAUGGACACAUGAAGCUCUCAGAUUUUGGCCUCUGUAAGCCUCUUGAUUGUACUACCCUGUCUACACUGCAUGAAAAUCAAACUAUGGAUGAUGAAAAUGUGGCAGAGCCCAUGGAUAUUGAUGGAUGUUUUCCUGAUGCGGACAAUCGGAGCAGCUGGAGAAGCCCACGUGAACAGCUUCAGCAUUGGCAGAUGAACAGGAGGAAGUUGGCAUUUUCAACAGUGGGGACACCUGAUUACAUUGCUCCUGAAGUACUUUUGAAGAAAGGAUAUGGAAUGGAAUGUGACUGGUGGUCAUUAGGAGCAAUAAUGUAUGAAAUGCUAGUUGGUUAUCCUCCAUUUUAUGCUGAUGACCCAAUAACUACAUGCAGAAAGAUUGUUCAUUGGAGAAAGCAUUUACGAUUUCCAGAAGAUGCACGCUUGACACUUGAAGCCAAAGACUUAAUCUGCAGGCUGCUGUGUGAUGUUGAUCAUAGGUUAGGUACUCAAGGGGCACAGGAAAUCAAGGUUCAUCCUUGGUUCAAGAACGUGGAGUGGGAUAAACUAUACCAAAUGGAGGCAGCAUUCAAACCUCAAGUCAAUGGGGAGCUGGAUACCCAAAACUUCAUGAAGUUUGAUGAGGUAGAUCCACCAACAGGAGCAAGAACUGGAUCUGGAUCCUCCCGGAAGAUGCUUUUGACUCCCAAAGAUCUAAACUUUGUUGGGUAUACUUACAAGAACUUUGAUGCUGUAAAAGAAGGGCUUAGGCAGUCUCUUAGUGAUUCCAUGCAAGAUUAUGCUUCUAAACGGGCAGCCGAGGAAACAGGUUUGCAAAUGCUGGCAACAACAGGAGAUCCUAUGCUACCUUAACUCAGAA